UCUGACUGCUCUCAAAGUCACAAUUUCCCUCGAAGAUAUUCGUCUUCGAAGAGAAGUUGCUUGUAGUACCAAAGCCUCACACCCAGCCACUGAACUCCAAUUUUCUCACUCUAUCUCUAAUGGCAGAGCAAAUAGCUCUCCCUCUGCUCCUUCACAACCCACCACCCUCUUCAAGACCCUUCUUCCAAAACCACCACCAAAAUCAAAACCCAGCCACACCAACACCACCGCCACUGCCUCCACCUCCACCGAUGCCAGUAACCCCUCUUCUCCAAGAGCUCCUCCUCCACCCAAACCCCUCAACCCCACAAACCCAAAACCCCACCUCCCCUCCCACCCUCCCCAGAGCACGCACUCGCAUCGGCAAGUCACGUGACUCCAACCGCGGCAAGCCCUGGUCCCACCACCGCCUCUCCUCUCAAGGUCAGCAUAUCCUCCACUCCUUUCUUGACCCACAAUUUGAUUCUUCUAAACUAGAUGAGCAGCUUCUGGGUUUAGUUGAUUUGCAUAGAGAUGAAUUUGGUUCUAGCUUGGACUCUCUGUCUCUGGACGUCCUGGGUAUUGUUAAAGGUUUAGGCUUUCACAAGAAAUUCGACUUGGCAAUAGAUGUGUUUGAGUGGUUCAAGAAACGUGAAGAUUGUGAUUCAAUUUUGAGUGGUUCUGUUGUUGCUGUGAUUAUUAGUAUUCUGGGAAAAGUGGGCAGGGUUUCUUCUGCAACUUCUUUGUUUCAGAGUUUGCAUAAGGAUGGGUUUGCGCUUGAUGUUUAUGCUUACACUUCUCUGAUUACUUCUUGUGCCAGUAAUGGGAGGUAUAGGGAGGCUGUUACUGUUUUUAAGAAAAUGGAGGAAGAGGGUUGUAGGCCCACAUUGAUAACUUACAAUGUGAUUUUGAACGUGUAUGGGAAAAUGGGUAUGCCUUGGAAUAAGAUUAGAGCGCUUGUUGAGUGUAUGAAGAGUGCUGGGAUUGCCCCGGAUUCUUAUACUUAUAAUACACUUAUAACUUGUUGUCGCCGCGGCUCUUUGCAUGUGGAGGCAGCUGAGGUUUUUCAGGAGAUGAAAUCAGCAGGGUUUGUACCCGAUAAAGUUACGUAUAAUGCGUUGUUGGAUGUGUAUGGAAAGUCUAGGCGGACUAAGGAAGCAAUGGAGGUAUUGAAAGACAUGGAGUUUAAUGGGUUUUCUCCAAGCAUUGUGUCUUACAAUUCACUGAUAUCAGCUUAUGCAAGAGAUGGUUUAUUGGAGGAGGCAACAGCCUUGAAAACCCAGAUGGUGGAGAAGGGGAUUAAACCCGAUGUUUUUACCUACACCACCCUUUUUUCAGGAUUUGAGAAGGCUGGGAAGGAUGAGCCUGCAAUGAGGGUUUUUGAGGAGAUGAAAAGUUCUGGUUGCAAACCAAACAUCUGUACCUUCAAUGCCCUGAUUAAGAUGCAUGGCAACAGGGGAAAUUUUGCAGAAAUGAUGAAAGUUUUUGAAGAGAUCAAGAUAUGUAAGUGCACCCCUGAUAUUGUCACGUGGAACACACUUUUGGCAGUGUUUGGCCAAAAUGGGAUGGACUCAGAAGUGUCAGGAGUGUUCAGGGAGAUGAAGAGGGCAGGGUUUGUUCCUGAGAGGGAUACUUUCAACACUCUAAUCAGUUCAUACAGCCGGUGCGGUUCAUUUGAUCAAGCCAUGGCUGUGUAUAAGAGAAUGCUAGAAGCUGGUGUUACUCCAGACCUUUCUACCUAUAAUGCUGUUUUGGCAGCACUGGCUCGAGGUGGGCUUUGGCAACAGGCUGAGAAAAUACUUGCUGAAAUGCAGAAUAGUCAGUGCAAACCCAAUGAGCUUACAUAUAGUUCUCUGCUCCAUGCUUAUGCCAAUGGCAAAGAAAUGGAGCUCAUGCAUGUUCUUGCUGAAGAAAUAUACUCUGGUGUGAUUGAACCCCAUGUUGUGCUCUUAAAGACACUUGUUCUAGUUUUUAGUAAAAGUGACCUUUUGAUGGAAACAGAACAUGCCUUCUUGGAGCUGAGAAGAAAAGGGUUUUCACCUGACAUAACUACCUUGAAUGCGAUGCUGUCAAUAUAUGGCCGGAGGCAGAUGUUUAUGAAGACAAGUGAGAUUUUGAAAUUUAUGAAUGAGAUGGGGUAUACUCCUAGCUUGACAACUUACAAUAGUUUGAUGUAUAUGUACAGUCGCUCAGAGGAUUUUGAGAAAUCAGAAAAGUUUCUAAGGGAGAUUAUGGAGAAGGGAAUAAAGCCUGAUAUAAUUUCAUACAACACUGUCAUUUUUGGCUAUUGUAGAAAUGGUCGUAUGAGAGACGCUUCACGGAUAUUCUCAGAAAUGAGGGAUGCUGGGAUUGCUCCAGAUGUAAUCACUUAUAACACCUUUGUGGCAAGUUAUGCAGCUGAUUCUUUGUUUGUCGAAGCAAUUGAUGUGGUCCGCUACAUGAUUAAGAAUGGCUGUAAGCCAAACAAGAACACAUACAACUCCAUUGUAGAUUGGUACUGUAAACAUAAUCGACGGGAUGAUGGAGUUAAGUUUGUCAAUAACCUUCGCAAUCUUGAUCCACAUAUUUCUGAUGGGGAGGAAUACAGAUUAUUAGACCGUAUUAAAAAUAAAUGGUCAUAGUUAGUUUUUCCUCUAUGAAUGGGGUUGCAGCUCGAUUGGCUUAUUAUUAGCCUCGAACACUUUAAUGCAUCAAGUCCUUCAUUACCUCUUUCUAUGCUCAUGUUACAUAUAUUUUGUUUGGGCAUUGAUACGAGAAGGAUGUAAUGUUGUUGUUGUACAUGAUUUUGUUGUUUCUAUGGAAGGCUAGCUGCAGGAUAUUGUGAA